AUGGAUUUCCAGAGGAGGCGGGUUCAACUUCUUGCUUUCAUCGUCGGGACCAUCGCUCUCAGUAUUGCUGCCGAAAAAUGCAGGCUACUUGUGGGAGAAGACUCAUCAUCUCAAAGUGGAAAAUUUACAAUCUUCGACUGCUUCGACAUGAGCACAGGAACCCUAGCAUGCACGGUAAAGGAAGGUGUGAAGCUCUAUGUCUACAACAUGAGAUCUUCACACGUUGAGAAAGCAAGGAAUUUGGCGAUCGAGCAGGCAAUACACGACGCAAUGCAGCAAGGGAUAUCAGCUAAAGAUGUUGCUAAGCAAGCACAAAAGGAAGGUGCAAAGGCAGCUAAGUUGGCUACUAGAAAGACCAAAAGGAUCGUAGGGCCUAUCAUUUCUUCCGGAUGGGACUUCUUCGAGGCGGUCUACUACGGUGGGACCAUAACCGAAGGGUUCCUGAGGGGUACUGGGACCUUGUUUGGAGCGUAUGCAGGUGGGUUUUAUGGGGAGCAAGGAAUUGGAAGAGUUGGGUAUCUGCUUGGCAGUCAUUUGGGGAGUUGGAUUGGAGGGAGAAUCGGGUUGAUGGUGUAUGACGUGGUGAGUGGAUUGCAUUACUUGGUCACUGUUGUUGAAACCAUAGAUGGUGAGACUGAGAAUGACGAAAAGGCUGAUGCUGGCGAGUCAUACUCGUAUGAAGAUCCACCUGCUUUCGAAGGUAACGAGGGGGUGAUUGAGGAAGGCUCCAGUGUUUAUGAAUCUCCCAUGUAUGAAAGUUCUGAAUCGGAAUCGCAUGAAUCACCUUCAACUUUCUGGUUAUGA